UUAAAAGGUUGCACACCACUGGGCACGAUGGAUAAUCACCAAAAGAGGAAAUUAACUUUCUUUACCAUUGGACUGAUAUUCCUGCUGAGCGGCAUUGAGUACGCCGUCAUUCUGCCUACGAUAUGGACGUACCUGCAGAUUUUGGAGGCCCCCCCCUACUUCCUGGGUCUGGGUCUGUCGGCCUUCAGUUUGAGCGGGCUGCUCACAGGCCCGCUCUUUGGGUUCUGGUCAGAUCGGUGGAAAACGACAAAGUCCAUCAUUCUUUUUUCCAAUCUUUUUGAGAUUGUCGGUAACUUCAUGUAUUUUAUUGGAUAUUCAAAGUGGCUGUUGUUAUGCAGUCGGCUUGUGACAGGUGUCGGAGCAGGAGCGGGCUCCUCCAUCUUCGGUCUCCUGACUCAGAGCACUCGGCCAGAGGAGCGUGCCGGUAUCUUUGCUGCAAUCAUGGCUUGUCGACAAGCUGGCCUCCUUGUCGGGCCGGCGUUCAACCUGUUCCUGCGGCUGUGUGAUUUCAAACUGGGGCCCUUUGUUGUGAACAAGUAUACGUCUCCUGGGAUCUUCAUGUGUCUGCUGUGGGUGCUGCUCCAGUGUGUUGUCCUGGCUCUGUAUUGGGAUUUACCGCCCAUCAGCUCAGAAGAUGAAGCCGUGAUCCUGGAGAUGAAACAGGAGGAGGAUGAUGAUGAGGAGGUGCCACUGAUGCAGUCCAACGAGGAUCUGUCGCACACCUACAGAGCCGUCAGCUCCAACCAACUGGAGACCUCCGCCUUGUCAGAUACGCAGCCCGACCAUGGUGCCACGGCGGCGUCGAACCCCUUCAAAAACUUCAGCGCCAGCAGAGAGUUCCUGAGAGAGGAGGUGGUUGUGCUCCUCACGGCUCAGUUCAUCACUCUCUUCAAUCAGACAGCGCUGGAGACCAUGGUGACUCCCCUGACGCAGCGCUACUUCGGCUUCGGUGAGCUGGGCAACAGCCUGAUGUACAGCCUGUGUGGGGUGGAGGUCAUCCUGGGCUUCUUCUUCGUGCGCUGGCUGAGCUCGAAGGUGGCGGACCGCGUCGUGCUGGCCGUGGGCCUGGUCAUCUGCUGCACCGCCUGUAUCUGGUCCCUCGUCUUCCUCUGCGACCCUCGAGGUGGUUAUGGGUGGGAGCUGACGGCCUUCAUCAUCGGAGUGUUUCUGCAGCUGCUGGGCCUUCCCUUUGUGGCCGUGUCUCAGGUGUCUCUGUUCUCCAAAGUCACCGAUGAGAAAACACAGGGAUUCAGCCAAGGAGUCCGACGCUCAGUCGGGGGCCUGGCCACCAUCCUGGGUCCUUUGUGGGCUGGAGGACUGACCGAUAAUAUGUACAUAAUGCUGGGCAUGAUGUUAGCUCUCCUCAUUCUGAUCACAGUUAUGGCGGCGCUGUCCUACGAGCGCCUGGCCGAGCCCAGGGCAGUGCAGUGCGCCCAGAGCUCCGGCGGCGGAGGAUAGAGCCGCAGUGUGUCUGACAGAGCAGGACAAGGGCCGAAGACGGACAGAGGGGGAUGCCCUUCACUUCUGAGAGGAGUUUGCUGCAGAGGGGGAAAUGUGCGAGUGUGUGGAAUGAAAACGUUCAGAUAAUAUGCCUCUCCUCAGGACACAGGGGUGAAAUGCAGUAAGUUUUUAAGCGAGACACAAUCUCUGCUGUCAGGAGAUUUUUUUUAUUAGAAUCCACCUUGUAUGCACGUCAACGCCAGACUAUUGAUUAUAUUUUACACAAGGGGGCACCAUUGCUCUCAUAUUGAAUAUUCAGGGCCACAAUUGAAGAUGAAAGCCAUUAUUUUUAAACUGAACUAUUUAUACCCCCAGGUGUUGAUGAAAUGACGAGAGAACAGGUUUUUUGUUUUUUUUCUACCAUGUGACCCGUGUUCCAAAAUUUCCAUUUCUUGUCCCGAGUCUUUCGUCUAAUGAAAAAAAAAAGAAACAAUUGACACAAUGAGUGCAGAAGUGAAGCUGUCAACAUCUGAGCAGCUCCACGCAGAGAGGCUGAGAGACGAAGAGGGUCAGAAAGAGUGGAGCUUUAAACAUUCCCUGCUAUUUGUUUGUGGUGUGGGAGGAAUCUUGUGCUUGUUUUUUUAUUAUUUUCUGUUAAACAGAAACACAAAGCCUCGGAUGUUACAAAACCAGUUUGAUGUUGCCUGAAUCUCAUAUCUCAUAUGAAAACGAGGAGCUCUUGAGCUAAAAGCAAAUUAAAAAAAAAAAAAAAAUCCUUUAAUUAGCCUUCUCUAUCUUUUAAAGUUUAAUCACCUGAAUUCAUUAUUCAAAACAUGGCAAGGUGUGAGGAGUGUACAGUCAGCUGUUCUUGCCUGUACUCUCCUCUAGGAUGUGCUGUAUGCUACACAUCUGCGUGUAUAGAGGAGAGGGCUGUAAGCAACAUCAAGGCAUUGUAGAUUCUCUUUGUACCAAUAAGCAUGGGUUUGGCCGAUCUUUGUUUUUGCAUAAUUGCAGAUAAGGCUCCAUAACCUUUACAGUUUC